GUCACGUGAUGUGAUACGUACCUCGACUUUCUUGCCUCCCCCCUCUCUUCCGCAUGCCGCUACUGCUCAUUGGCUCCUUCCGCGCGCUAACUCCCCUCUCCUCAAGAACCGAAAAUGUUUCGACCCCUCCUACCCCGCCAUUGCUUUACUCUCCCUCGACCCUCCUCCCUCCUUCACAAUCUUCCGAUUACUCCAUUCUCCUCGACCUGCUCGCCAUCUUUGCAAUCGACCAUCAGAAUCUCUUCCCGAGCUUUUUCUGCAUCCUCCGCCAAUAUGUCUGGAGUGUUUUUCGACGUUCAGUGGGAGGGCCCGGUCCUCGACCAGAGCGGUCGCCCCACCCGGGAGGUGAAGCAACAGACCGGCCGCAUCAACUUCAAGCUCUACGAUGACGUCGUCCCCAAGACCACUAGAAAUUUCCGCGAGCUGUGCACCGGCCAGAACGGCUUCGGAUACCAGGCCUCUGCCUUCCACCGUAUUAUCCCCGAGUUCAUGCUCCAGGGCGGUGACUUCACCCGCGGCAACGGCACCGGUGGCAAGUCCAUCUACGGCGAGAAGUUCGCCGACGAGAACUUUGCCAUUAAGCACACUCGUCCCGGUCUCCUCUCCAUGGCCAACGCCGGCCCCAACACCAACGGCUCCCAGUUCUUCGUCACCACUGUUGUGACCAGCUGGCUCGAUGGCCGCCACGUCGUCUUCGGCGAGGUUGCUGACGAGGACUCGAUGCGCGUUGUCAAGUCUCUCGAGGCCACUGGUUCCGGCAGCGGCGCCAUCAAGUACGCCAACAAGCCUACCAUUGUGGCUUCUGGUGAGACCAAGCUUGAGGAGUAGGCUGCGACGCAGCUUGUUCGCCUGGGGUUGGAGGUUGAUGGGUAGUCACAGUAGUAAGGUGACAAUAUGAUAUAUCCUAGAUGAGCUUUAACUAGCUGGGUCGAGGAAUCUAAAAGUCCUGGUCGCUGGACGCUAUCCACUUGUUUCCUCUGCGGCAACAACCGUGGAGCAAUAUCUGAGCGUCCAAGCAUAUGCAACAACUGUCAACGCCAGCACUCUAAAUG